AUGAGAUUCAAUCCAUUACCUGGAGUCAGACUGUACUGGAGUAAUGACAGAAACUUUUUCAACAGUAUAGUUGCACAAGUGAUGCCUGUAAAACGUUUCUUGAAAAUUAUGAAAAUUUUACACUUAAAUGACAAUUACAAAAUACCAAAAAAGGGUGAAAUUGGAUUUGAGCGAUUAUACAAGUUGGAACCUAUGUUGGAUCACCUCUACAGUUGUUUCAAGAAGUUGUUCCAUCCUGCCAGAUAUUUGUCAGUUGACGAAUAUAUGGUGGGAUUCAAAGGAAGACGUUGCUUGGAACAGUAUAUGCCAAAUAAACCAAUUAAAAGAGGUUUUAAAAUCUGGGUGAUUGCAUGUGCUGGUACAGGGUACUGUCUAGGACCGUCAGUGUAUGAGGGCAAAGAAGAGGGAGGCAACAGUUACAAGUUCUUAGGUGAAUUUGUCAUAGAAAAACUUGCAGCUCCUUAUGAACGUCUAGGAAACUGCUUAUUCUUUGAUAAUUUUUUUUCAAAUGUUGUAAUGAUGAAAAAUCUACUGAGAAAAAAUCUGUUUGCUUGUGCCACAAUCAGACAAACACGAAAGUUCUUUCCUAAAGAUAAAUUAGCUGCUGACAAAACUCUAAAAAUGGGAGAAUCUGAUAUAAUUAUUGGUGAAGACAUAGGAAUCUCAAAAUGGAAAGGCAGGGGAAAGAAGUGUGUUACUGUAACUAGCACGAUGUGUAAUGCUGAAUCCAAAUGUUUUGUUCUGAGAACUAAUAACAAAGGUGUUAGGGAAAGCGUUCCUUGUCCAGAAUCGAUCAGGGAUUAA